AGUAAAACCCUAGCUUUUAUACGUUCCUUCAAAACCUUACCCUUCCCUUCGAUUUCCGCCUCCGCCCAUCGCCUCUGAACUCAGAAUUUCAAUCCAACUAAUCCCAUUAUUCAAUUAUGCCGCCCAAGCUCGAUCCUUCUCAGGUCGUCGAGGUUUUCGUCCGAGUUACCGGAGGUGAGGUCGGAGCCGCCAGUUCUCUCGCUCCCAAAAUCGGUCCUCUAGGUCUCUCCCCAAAGAAGAUCGGAGAAGACAUUGCCAAGGAGACUGCCAAGGAAUGGAAGGGUCUCAGAGUUACCGUCAAGCUUACUGUCCAGAACCGUCAAGCCAAGGUCUCUGUGGUUCCCUCUGCUGCUGCUUUGGUCAUCAAGGCCCUCAAAGAGCCCGAACGCGACCGCAAGAAGACCAAGAACAUCAAGCACAAUGGUAAUAUCUCGCUUGACGAUGUUAUUGAGAUUGCUAGGGUUAUGCGCCCCAGGUCUAUGGCUAAGGAUCUCAGUGGAUCCGUUAAGGAGAUUCUCGGUACUUGCGUUUCUGUUGGGUGUACGGUCGAUGGUAAGGACCCGAAGGAUUUGCAGCAGGAAAUUACUGAUGGGGAUGUUGAAAUUCCUCAGGAUUGAGAGUGAUUUUUUUUUUCUUUUUGUUUUUCGCAUUUGAACUCUUACUUUGUAGUUUCAGUUUUGGAGUUUUAAAGAUGUUUCUUUUUAUUGUCUUCAAAUGACUAUAUCUCCGGAUAUAAGGAUUUAUUUAAUGUGGAAAAGCUUGCUUCAUUUCGGAGAUGGAAGCAUUGUAGUUCCGUUUUGAACUCAAGUUUUAGAUUUUUUGUUUCGAUUCAUAUCGUUGCAUUUCCGGUUGUAUUAUUGAGAAUAGCCCUUUUGUGAUUAUUCCUUACUUACAUUACACUGAAUGCAGGGCAUACUUUUUUCUUU